AUGGACAAUGUAUUCACCAAGCGAAAGGCCCUGUCAACCAUUGCCAAAUUAUUUGAUCCGCUUGGAUUCUUGUCUCCAAUUAUAAUUAUCGCUAAGAUCUUUAUACAAGAAUUAUGGACUUUGAAAAUAGGUUGGGAUGACCCUCUACCAUCUCACUUUGAAGAUGCUUCUCAAAAGGUCGUGGCUGCUAUCUUGUAUCUUCGAGUCACCGACUAUGAAGGACUAACCACUGUCCAUUUCGUAGCAUCAAAAACAAAGGUAGCACCAUUGAAACGUCUUACCAUUCCCAGAUUAGAAUUGUGUGGAGCUGUAUUGCUCACUAAAUUAGUUUCCCAUUUUCUCACGGUGCUUGAAUUAAAGAAUUUGCCUAUAAUCCUCUGGACGGACUCCUCAAUUACUCACAUAUGGUUAAAUAAUCAUCCAUCUAAGUGGAAGGAGUUUGUACGUAACAGUGUCAGCCUUGUUCAAGAAACCUUACCCCAAACUGAAUGGAGGUUCGUGCCAGGCUAUUAUAACCCAUCAGAUAUAGCCACCAGAGGUGCUACCCCCUCUCAGCUCUUAGAUUAUUCUAAAUGGUGGAACGGCCCUCAAUGGCUUUCACAGGAAAGAUCAGCUUGGCCACAGAAAGUCACGCCAACAUGUCUUAAUGAUAAUCUCGAAGAACACUCCUCUGUUGUACAUGUAGUUACAAGUAGUAAGGAAAAGGAAUGGGAUCUCCUUUCUCGAUACUCUAGUCUUACAAAGCUGUAUCGUGUUACUGUCCUUUACCAACGUGCUGUCUCUAGAUUCCGAGGGAUCCCACUUACAACCUCUUCGUCUUCCCUUUCAAUAAUUGAAUUGAAUAAUACCAAACUAUUCUGUAUUAAGGUCAUACAGCGAUUGUUUUUUCUCAACGAAAUCACCUACCUGUCGAAAGGACUACCGAUUCCGCGGUCAAGUCCUCUCAUCCGCCUCACUCCCUUUCUGGAUGCAUUAGGUCUAUUGCGAGUAGGCGGUCGUUUACAAAACUCACUUCUAAACGAGGAAGAAAAGCACCCCUGGAUCUUGCCUCGAAAGUCAACACUGACUUCACUUAUCAUAGCAGACGCUCAUCAUCGGGCAUUGCACGGUGGAACGCAAGUUACACUAUCCUUAAUUCGCACGGAAUACUGGAUCAUAGGAGGUAGAGCCCCAGUAAGAUCUUGGAUCCUCAAAUGCGUUAAAUGCACUCGCUUCCGCCAACAACGAGCUCAGCAAUUAAUGGGACAACUCCCUACUAAACGUAUUACCCCUUCUCGUCCAUUCACUCACACUGGCAUUGAUUAUGCUGGCCCUUUCCUAAUCAAGACCUGGAGAGGAAAGAAUGCACGCACUUACAAAUCCUAUGUCGCCCUGUUUGUCUGUUUCGCCACGUCAGCAAUUCACUUGGAGCUUGUAACUGACUAUUCAUCUGACGCUUUCAUAGCUGCUUAUAAAAGAUUUAUAUCAAGACGAGGAAUUUGCUCCACGCUCACAAGUGAUUGUGGCACAACGCUUAAGGGAGCAGAUUCUGAAUUACAAAGGUUAUUCUCACAAGCUAAGCAAGAAUUCUCAAAACUAGCAGUUUUAUUAGCUAACAGUGGUACUCAGUGGGAAUUUAACCCCCCUUCAGCUCCACAUUUCGGAGGCAAGUGGGAGGCCGGUAUUAAAUCAAUGAAACACCAUCUUAUUCGAGUUGUUGGCAAUACUACCUUCACGUAUGAAGAAAUGAGCACUCUGUUGACUCAGAUUGAAGCCGUUCUGAAUUCCCGACCACUUUACCCUUUAACUGAGGAUCCAGAUGACCUCAAUGUUCUGACUCCCGGACAUUUUAUAAUGAGCUGUGCGCCUAUGACUGUCCCAAAACCCUCUCUCGAGUUGGUAAAAACCGCUCGUUUAUCUCGAUGGCAGCUCAUUCGACAAGCUCUAGAUUCAUUCUGGACCAGAUGGUCACACGAAUGUAUGCAACAAUACUAUGCUACGUAUAAAUGGAAUAAAGUUACUCCCUCUCUGCAAGACGGAACCAUAGUCCUAGUAAUAGACGAACGUUACCCCCCUUCUAAAUGGCCUCUAGGGCGGAUCAUUGCUACUCAUCCUGGUAAGGAUGGCCACACUCGAGUAGUCACAGUCAAAACUCAAACCUCUCUCUUGAAACGGCCUAUUGUCAAGAUAUAUCCAUUGCCUGUAGUGCAGUAG